AAAAUUAAUUAUGAAAGAAGGUGGGAUAUAUCUAGGCAUCCGAUCCAACCGGUUUCCCGGUCGAAUUCAUUUCGAUUAUCGGCGAUCACCUCGUCUCGAUCAGUGAUGAAACAUCGUUUGCCCAGGGAUCAUCGUUCGCUCAUCUUCCAAUCCAUUCUCGAUAAAAAAACGAUCGAUCGAAAAUUCAUCCGGCGCGGGACACAUGGUACAUUUGACGACGCGGUUUCGAAUUUCGAGGUGUCGAGGCUUUUGAAAUUUCCAAAUUCGAGAUGUCGACGCCGGUUUUUCGCGAUCGAUGGAACGUCCAAGCGUCGGACAUCGCGAGCAACACUCACAAUCCCAUAAGAUCCAUCGUGGAGAGCCUCGUGGUCGAGCCUAAUCCCGCUAAAUCUCUCAUCUCGUUGUCGAUCGGCGAUCCAACUACGUUCGGCAAUCUAAAACCGCCGAAAGAGGUGAUCGAAGCAGUUCAACAAAGCCUCGUUUCUCAAUUGUACAAUGGAUAUGCACCCAGUACAGGUCAUCAGUUUGCAAAGGAAGCUGUAGCAGAAUAUAGUUCCAACGAAUUUGUAAAAGUCGAAGCCAAGGUAAAAUUUUAAAUAACGUUGUAAAAGAUUUUAUGGAAAUAUUAUUAAUAACAUUCCUCUCGAUAAUUAUUUACGCUCAAAAUUUGCGAAGAAUGAAGAAAGACACUUAUUUAAUU